GGACGCGAACACGCAUGUGCAGAGGCCCCCAGCACCGGGCUGUCCUCAGAACGCUGUGCGGGACACGGUUGUCCAGGAAACGAUGUGCUGAAGUUGGGGCUGAGGUCUCCUGGAGGCACAGUACUUACCGUCGGGAUGCUACAGACCAAUCACCAUGAUGUGAACAUUCCAAGCGUUAAACAAGUAGUGGAACUCGGGUGCUUCCUGCGGGCAGACUUUCUUUACUAUGUUCUGAAGGUGCCAGGUGUAUGCUUUAAUACACAAAAACACUAAGUUAAUGACUGAAGAACAUACGCCUUUUAUAAUGGAGGACUAUACCACCAGGACCUAUGGAACCGGUGGCCUGGACAACAGACCUUUGUUUGGGGAAACCUCUGCAAGGGAUAGAAUCAUCAACCUCAUUGUUGGUGUGUUAACAUCCCUGCUGGUCCUGGUAACCUUAAUCAGUGCUUUUGUUUUUCCUCAACCACCUCCAAAACCAGUGAAUGUUUUCUUUGCUGUCUGCAUAUUUUUGUGUUCAAUUACUGGUCUCAUACUGAUUUUUUGGUAUCGACAAGGAGACUUAGAACCCAAAUUCAGGAAUCUGAUCUAUUAUAUAUUAUUUUCUAUAGUCAUGUUAUGUAUAUGUGCCAACCUAUACUUUCAUGAUGUGGGGAAAUGAAGCAUGGGGAAGAGACAGCCACCUCAUAGGAUGCAUGCUUUACUGCAAAGCCACGGAGAAGAGACAAGCGGAACAAACGUUUUAUAUGUUUUCUUUUAUCCCUUUUAGGAAAGGGACAGCUACUGCCAUAAGACUUUUUUUUUUUUUUUUUUUUCUACCACUGUUGCACUUAAUGGUUGGGAAAAGCUGCUGAUGGAUUUUUUUUUUUUUUUUUUAAAGUUGCACAAAGAACAAAAGAAUGCAGAAUGUUAAAUAUUCUUUAUUUUCCUUAAAUAUAAUAUUUCUUUUUACUAUGCAACAGAUAUAAGUACUGUCACAUGACCAAAAUUGUAAUAUUAGAAAGUGAAGGACAUUUUGAAUAAGAAGAUUUAAAUAAAUAAAUUACAAGCCGGUCUGUUCAUAUUUUUAAAACUAAAAUUUGAAGUAAAAGUUUACAGUUAAAAAGGCAUCUAGAAGCAUAUGCAUUGUGCUGAAGACUAAAGCAGGACAACAACUUUGGCCACGCAAUGAUUCUAGUGUCUGUGAGGCAAUGCAGGCUUCAAAACUGGCCACACAUUUUGUGCUACGGUAGAAGACAAUGAAAAUAAUCCUCAUGAAUGAUGCUGAACACUGUAAAACAAAACUUGGGAUCUAGCCCAUGUUGCAAGGGGGAAAACCAUUCCAUGUUAGAAGCUAAAUACUUUCUACAAGAAAGUCUGGCCAGUACAACUACCAUGUAACCUAUUUGAUAGAAAAUAUGCCAUAUAAAAAAAUAAA